AUGGAUCAUCUUGAUCGUGGAAUGUAUCGUUUUCGUAUUGCUUAUACGACAAUGUUAAUAUUGAUUGUCAUUAUGAUUAAUUAUGCAUUAUUUAGUCCAAAUUGGCGAAAUUUGGUACUUUCUGAUAAUUAUGAUUUGAUUGAUACUAAUGACAAUAAUACAAUAACGAAUAGUGUAACAAUGAGAAUGAAUAAUGAUGCAAUCAAUAUUCCACGAUUUUCAAAUGAACCAAAAUUAAUCAUACCUCGACAAAUGGGUAUUUUGAGAAAUCGUUGUUCCUAUAAAAUUGAUACGGAUGAUCAAUUUACGGUUGAUGAUAUAAUGUUGGAUGAAAAUGAUAUGAUAAAGGCAAAUUGGAGCAUGGAAAUGGAAUUAAAUGAUAACAAUUCAAUUCCCAUCAAUACUUGUAAUCCAUUCAUGCAAAUGAAUAACACAAAUGAAUUCUGUUUGAUAUGGUCAUUGAGGCCAAUAUCGGAUAAUAUUGUUAUGAUUUUGAUUUUGUCAACAAGCCUCCUUGACUUAUUGGCGUUAGUAACACCAUUGAUUUAUUACGACGGUCAGCAUAUAGGCCGAAUGCCAUCUGUCACCUUUCUAUUCCAAAUUAAUCUUAUUCUAGCACUUUCAUUAACCACUGCUAUCAUUUUAUAUGCCUGUUGCAAUGGACAAGCAAUUG